GAGAGAGAGAGUGUUUUAUUUUGAGAGAAAGUAUUACACUAGCUCAGGAUGGCCUGGAACUCAUAGCUGUCCUCCCUGCUCAGCCUUCUGUGUGCUGGAAUUAUAGGCAUGAGCCACCACGCCUGGUUUAACAUUAGCAUUUUGAACAAAAGAUAGACUCCGGCCUCCAUUGAAAUUCAUCCCUGGCCAGAGUCCAGGUGAUAAUGGUUGGAGGAAGUAAAGAACUUCCUUUGGGUGACCUGCCCAGACUUAGAUUAUCACCACUGGGCCUCACAGAUACAAGGCACAAAAUGACCUGAAGGCUUAAUUCCAGUGGCCCUCCCAGUGUGGAAACUACUGGGUACUUGUGACUCAAGUGUCCUAGCGUGUGACUGACAGGUGUGGACCGUGGCUGUGCUGCUGUGUUGCCUAGGGUCCUAGCACUUGGAUCCCCUGACGUCUCUAAAUCGUGUUUGGCUUUCUUAGAGGAAGUCUCCUGUAGCCCAGGCUGGCAUUCAGUUUGUUAGCAAAGGAUCACCUUGAACACUGGACUCUCUCCACCUGGCUGGCAGGUGUUAGAGUAGCAGGGUGAGCUACCCAGCUGGAGUUCCCAGACACCUUGUCCAGUCAUGGCAGUAACAAGUUAUGCACAGAACAGUGGAACUGUGGGUAACCAGCCCAGAAAGUCAUGUUCUGUCCUGUGGUCAGAAGCAAUAAUGCCUCACUGGGGACAGUUUAGAGAGGACUUCCUGCAAGGCACUGACUGCGGCAUAUGCCACUGGUCCCAGCACUCAGGAGGCAGGUCGGUCUCUGAAGGCCAGCCUGGUUCUGCAUACUUCCCACGUGUGAGCAUUCACACACACAUUAACACUGCUACCAAUAAAGCCAUUCGCUCUGUUCCUAUCCUGAAACCCACAGAAGCCACUGCCAAGUGCUAGGAUGUGGCUGGCUGCCAUCCAGGCUGUUAUCUCAGACGAACAGAGUGCGGCCAACUUUUUUCUCCUACCUGAUUGUUAGGGUGGCCUGUGGAUGAGACAGUGGCUAGUGACUGAGACUCUGGGUGGGAGGUCAGCAAGGCUCCUCCCGGAAGCUUGCCCACAUGCCCCGCCUUUUCCUCCUCUUGCCCCCCCCCCAAUUUGGGCGUAGCCAGGCCAGCUCCAGGUCUGCGGAGUAGUGGGGGUGGCUCUGAGACUACAUCCUUAGCUGGACCCAACGGAUAGGGCGGAUAGGGCGAUGGGCUGCUCCUGCAGACUGCUGCUGUGGCUGGGAGCUGCCGGAACUAUUCUUUGCUCCAACCCGGAGUUCCAGGCACCUUUUCUCACGGCCUCGCCCUUGCUGGUGCUGGUCUCCAAUUCCCAGGGGCAGAAAGUCACCCCCACCUCUAGUAGAGUGGAGCCAGCUUCCCAUCCAAAUCCUCUAGGCACGCGGGGGCCUUGGGUGUUCAACACCUGUGGCGCCAGCGGCCGGCGGGGGCCCACACAAACACAGUGCGACGGGGCAUACACUGGAAGCAGCGUGAUGGUGACGGUGGGAGCUGCCGGGCCGCUGAAAGGCGUGCAGCUGUGGCGGGCGCCAGACACCGGCCAGUAUCUGAUCUCCGCCUACGGAGCCGCCGGCGGCAAAGGCGCCAGAAACCACCUGUCCCGGGCGCACGGCAUCUUCCUCUCGGCGCUCUUCUUCCUUCGUCGCGGGGAGCCGUUGUACAUCCUUGUGGGGCAGCAGGGCGAGGACGCCUGUCCGGGAGGGAGCCCUGAGAGCCAGCUCGUCUGUCUGGGAGAGUCUUGGGCCACCGGAGAGCAUGCUGCAACGGAUGAGACCGAAAGGGUCCCAGGCUGGAGACGCUGGGCCGGCGGGGGCGGGGGUGGCGGGGGUGCCACCUACAUCUUCCGGUUGCGCGCGGGGGAACCGGAGCCGCUGCUGGUGGCGGCGGGAGGCGGCGGGAGGGCCUACUGGAGGCGACACGACCGUGGUCGGACUCAGGCGGCCCCGGAGAAACUGGAGAACCGCGCGGCGGCGCCUGGGAGCGGCGGGAGAGGGGGCGCAGCAGGCGGAGGAGGCGGCUGGACGUCGCGGGCCCCCUCUCCGCAGGCCGGACGCUCACUGCAAGAAGGGGCCGAGGGCGGCGAGGGCUGCGCGGAGGCCUGGGCCACGCUCCGCUGGGCGGCGGCCGGAGGCUUCGGGGGCGGCGGCGGGGCUUGCUCGGCGGGCGGCGGCGGCGGCGGCUACCGGGGUGGUGACACUUCGGAGUCUGACAUCCUCUGGGCUGAUGGGGAAGAUGGCGUAUCCUUUGUACACCCCAGCAGCGAGCUCUACCUGCAGCCUUUGGCAGUCACAGAGGGCCAUGGAGAGGUGGAAAUCCGAAAGCACCCCAACUGCAGUCACUGCACUUCCAAAGACUGCCAGUGGCAGGCAGAGCUCCAGGUGACUGAAUGCAUAUGCCCAGAGGGCAUGGAGCUGGCUGCCGAUAAUGUCACUUGCAUGGAUCUGCCAUCCACUGCAAGCCCUCUGAUUCUGAUGGGAGCUCUGGUGGCAGCCUUGACACUGAGUCUCCUUCUGAUGGGUGGAGUCCUCAUUCUAGUGAGCCAGAGGAAGUGGCAGAACCUGUGGGGGCACAGGCUGCCGGGCCCUGAGCUGGAGCUGAGCAAGCUCCGCACCUCUGCCAUCAGGACAGCUCCCAACCCCUAUUACUGUCAGGUGGGGCUCAGCCCUGCCCAGCCCUGGCCUCUGCCCCCAGGGCUAACGGAAGUUUCCCCAGGCAAUGUCACUCUUCUCAGAGCCCUUGGCCAUGGUGCCUUUGGGGAGGUGUAUGAGGGACUAGUCAUUGGCCUUCCUGGGGACUCCAGCCCUCUGCAGGUGGCUAUCAAGACACUGCCAGAGCUCUGCUCCCGACAGGACGAGCUGGACUUUCUCAUGGAGGCUCUCAUCAUCAGCAAGUUCAGCCAUCAGAACAUCGUUCGCUGUGUGGGGCUCAGCUUCCAGGCUGCCCCUCGCCUCAUUCUGCUGGAGCUGAUGUCGGGCGGGGACGUGAAGAGUUUUCUGAGACACAGCAGAGCACACCCGGGCCAGCCAUCACCUCUGGCCAUGCAGGAUCUGUUGCAGCUGGCCCAGGAUAUAGCCCGGGGCUGCCACUACCUGGAAGAAAACCACUUCAUCCACAGAGACAUUGCCGCCCGGAACUGUCUACUGAGCUGCACUGGACCCAGCAGAGUGGCUAAGAUCGGAGACUUUGGGAUGGCAAGAGAUAUCUACCGGGCCAGUUAUUACCGCAAGGGGCGCCGGGCCUUGCUCCCUGUCAAAUGGAUGCCCCCAGAAGCUCUCUUGGAGGGCAUUUUCACAUCCAAGACAGACUCCUGGUCUUUUGGGGUCCUGCUCUGGGAGAUCUUCUCACUGGGUUAUAUGCCCUAUCCUGGGCACACCAACCAGGAGGUCCUAGACUUCAUUGUCACGGGGAACCGGAUGGACCCUCCUAGGAACUGCCCUGGGCCAGUGUACAGAAUCAUGACCCAGUGCUGGCAGCACCAACCUGAGCUCCGUCCUGACUUCGCCAGCAUCUUGGAGCGCCUUCAAUACUGCACUCAGGACCCUGAUGUGCUGAAUUCUCCCCUGCCGGUGGAACCAGGGCCCAUUCUAGAGGAGGAAGGGGCCUCUGGCCUGGGGAACAGGUCGUUGGAGGGUCUUAGAUCCCCACAGGCUCUGCAGCUGAGUUCAGAGAACUUGAAAAGCUGGGGAGGAGGCCUCCUUGGCACAUGGCUGCCCUCUGGCCUCAAGGCCCUCAAAUCCAGAUGCCUCCGACCUCAGAACCUUUGGAACCCCGCCUAUGGCUCUUGGACCCCAAGGGGCCCCAAGGGUGAAGAUUUAGGUGUUGACUUCAGCAAUGGCUCCUUCUUGCAUUCCUUUCCAGGCACCUAGAUGACUUGUUAGACCAGUAGCCUCUGCCCCCUACAGUUUGCGCUGUGUGUUCAGGCAUGUUUCCGGGCUGUCCUGGGGGCCUGAUCUUUCCACACUGGAAACCAGUCCAAACCCUCUUAGGGAAGGGCCUGGCCACUCUCAGUCUUUGGAACCAGAGGCCACCCACCCACAGGCCCAUUGCAGAACUCAGUUGGGGAUCCCAAACUGUGCUCUUCCCAUAAGUAUCUUUCAUCUGGCCCAUCCCUGCAUGCUAACUACAAAUGUUUCUAAUACUAAUUAAAAAACAAAACAACAACAACCCCUUC